AUUGUAUUUUACGCGAGACGCUGUGAGGCGUGUAGGGAGCCGCUGCUGACGAGCAUACUAUACACACCCACACUCAGAUUUUUUUUGCCAUUUUUUCGGGUUUUUUCUGCAGCCAAGAUGCCCAAAAGAAAGAUUGAUGGUGAGAAGGGCGCCAAAGGCAAGGAGGAGCCAACAAGACGCUCCGCGAGGUUGUCUGCUAAACCAGCUCCUCCUAAACCAGAACCAAAGGCCAAGAAAGCCGCCCCUAAGAAGGCAGCCAAGGGAAAGAAGGGCAGCAACCCUGCUGAAAAUGGAGAUGCCAAGGCUGACCAGGCACAGAAGGUUGACGCUACUGGCGAUGCCAAAUGAGAAGCUAACGAGUGUCUGAUCCUUCUAUGUACUUGGUGACUGUACAGUUUGAAAUAACUAUUUUUUACCAAGUUUUAUAUUAAGAAUAACAUUUAUAGUUGACUUGUUGACUUGCUUUUGAUGUACUGAUUGAUUUGACAGGAGUUACUAUAUUUCAUUCAUAUCCAUUUGUAUCCCAUUUUUUAAUCAAGCCGUCUGUAUCUUGCCAAAAUGGUUUGCACUCGCUAAAUCGGUUGGCGGAACGCAAGAAUACUGUCCUAAAGUUUGUUUAUUGCUUUAUCUAUCCAUCUAUCUUUCUCUCUUUUUCGGUUUAUCUUUGGAUUUUAAUCACCAAACAUUCUCAAAAGGCAGCUUAAGAGUGUUUCUAAAGUGUUUUCGGAAGGGUUUUCACCAUGUUGUUAGCAUUUAAACGUACAAAUACUGUGUUUUUAUUCUUUUAUUCUCUUUUUUUAUUUGUAAGGAAGUUACAAUGAAAUUGUCACUAGAAAAAACAAAAACAAAUAAGACAACAAUGUUAAAUAAAUUUACAAUGUGAACCUUCAAUUUCCUUAGAGUUGUGUGUUCUGAAUUUGUCUUUUUUAUUAAGUUAUGUUCUGAAACAGUGGAAGGAUAUUCAGUGACUCUUAAAAUGCUUUGUUUUAAAUGGUUUUGAAUAAAAAAAAAUAAAAAACUGUCCAGAAAGAAAA